AUGUGUUUGGGUUGGAAAAUAGUCGAGAGCUCGUUGUGUCCUGGUGGCCCAAGAUCAACGAUGUCGUUCACGCGGUAUCACCCAUCUGGAAUACUUCUCGUGCAUUUGGCAUUCAUGUGCUUCGUUUUGAUACAACAACAGAUCGACCGACUCUUCUUGAGCUAGUUUUAUCAUUUGCCAUUACCGUUAUACGAAUAUACAUGAUCUACAUAAUUUUAGUGACGGAUGCUUGGGACUUGAUCUUCGUGUCCAGCUCUCAGCUGGUUGAGAAAGGCUUGGACAUUGUACUCAAGAUUCCGUUUGCCAUGAUGCUGUUUGUUCCAUGGAUAUUUUUGUUUAGGAAAACAAAAAUUUUCUACAUAUCUCGUGAUUUGGACAUUUUUGAUGCUUUGAUAGCCAAGUACAACUAUCCUGCAAACUACCAAUUUUUUCACAUGUUUUCAACCUUAUUUGCUACUGCUGCCAUCAGCAUUCCACUUUUAAGCCUAGCAUCUAUUCGGGGAUUAGAAUUUUGGAUGGAUCACUUCUUCGUGCUGACGUUUGUUGGAUUCUCUUGGUCAGGUGGUUUGCUGUAUAAUAACAUUUGCAAUGUGUUACUCUUCCAUAUUUUGUAUCGCAUUGAAGUAAUCAACGAUUUCCUACGGUAAGUUUGUUGGUUUGUAUUGCUAUAUAUAAUUUUUCUGAUUUAUUGUUCAUUUAUAAUAUAAAGAAAAAGUAUU